AUGUCUCGUGCUCGGAUAUUUCAGUGGCAUAAAACAUUUUUGGAUGGUCGAGAAGAUGUGCACGAUGACCAAACAUCAGGUCGACCAAAAACCACCAAAACUGAUGAAAACAUUAAAACAGUUCAAAAGCUAGUUCGUAGUGAUCGCCGUUUAACAAUUAGAAUGAUGGCUGAAAUGCUUAGCAUGAACAAGGAAUCGAUUCGGAAGAUUUUAAUUGAAGAUUUGUCCAUGAGAAAGGUGUGUGCAAAGUUGGUGCCAAAACGUCUGACGAAUGAACAAAAACAGAAAAGAGUGGACAUUUGCACUGAUCUUCUUGAUCGAACUGAACAAGAGGCAAACCUUCUAGACAGUGUUAUCACAAGGGAUGAGUCAUGGGUGUUCCAGUAUGACCGGAAAGUAAAAGACAAAGCCUCCAGUGGACAACGAUAA